GGUGAGAGAACGGUCAUUGCAUGCUGAUGGCUGAACUAAUCUCAAGCCAUUGUGGGGUUGAUUAGGGAACUAGGACAAACUGUUCUGAUCUUGCUGCUCACUCUUGACUUGACUGUCGAGAGACACUCUGCACAAGGCAGCCCUUCCUCUGCCGAGGAAAGGGAAAGGCUGGGCUGCAAUGGAUCUCCUGGGGACCACCACUAUCUUCUUGGUGGUCUCCCUGGUCCUCCUUUUGGCCUGGAGGAAAGUGGAGGGCAAGAGGAAAAACCUGCCCCCGGGUCCAAUGCCUCUUCCGUUCAUUGGGAACCUCCUGCAGCUGAAGACCAAAAACAUAGCAGAACAGAUGAAGAAGGUGUCAUCAUGUCCAAACGGCGAGCGCUGGGUCCAGAUCCGGCCUUCUCCCUCAUGACCAUGAGGAACUUUGGGAUGGGAAAGAAAAAGCAUUAGGAACGGAUUCAAGAAGAGGCAGAGUACCUGGUGAAG